GUUCUUGUUGUGCCUGGGCGUCGACGUCACGUCCGGUUUGCGUGCUGAUUCGCCGGCGCUCGAAAUUCAAAAAGAAGAAGGGAAGGCUCGAGACGGACGUGUGUUUUAAAAAAAUAAAAUUAAAAUAAAACAAACAAGCUGUGUUUAAAAACAACUUUUCACUGAACAAAUAUCACAUACAGCCGGGAAUAAACGAGGAGAUUCGGGAUAUCCGGACGAGGGGGGAUUUUAAAGCCAUGGCACCGAAGCGGGUGAGCCUGGCUGAAGCCGGGCCGGUGAAGAAGCCCUCUCACUCGGCACCGACUCGGGUUCGAGUGUCGGUGAGGCUGCGCCCUUACAUAAGCCGGGAAGAUGAAGGCAAGGAGGGCCCCUGCGUGCGGGGAACGGGAGAUCGGUCCCUGGAGAUCCUCAACUGGAGAAACAGCAUGGAAACCAUGAGCUACCAGUUUGAUGCGUUCUAUGGAGAGCGCUCCUCUCAGCAGGAGGUGUACACAGGCUCUGUGAAGCCGGUUCUGUCUCACCUGCUGUCCGGCCAGAACGCCAGCGUCUUUGCAUACGGGCCGACAGGGGCAGGUAAGACUCACACCAUGCUGGGCGGAGCAGAGGAGCCGGGAGUGAUCCCCAGGGCUGUGAGGGACGUGUUCCAGAUGGUGAGGGAGCAGAGCAGCCUGCCAGCCAGCCAGGACUGGGAGCACAGCGUGAGCAUGUCCUACCUGGAGAUCUACAACGAGAAGGUUUUGGACCUGCUCGAGCCCCGGGACCUGGACCUCCCGAUCCGGGAGGAUAAAGACAAGAACAUCCUGAUCCCGGGCCUGACCCAGCGAGCCAUCGGCUCCUUCUCAGAGUUCGAGAGCCACUUCCUGCCCGCCAGCCAGAACCGGACCGUGGCCAGCACCAAACUAAACACGCGGUCCAGCCGGAGCCACACGGUGCUGGUGAUCAGGGUAGUCAAGUCCCAGCGCUCUCAUCCCUUCAGGCAGCUCACCGGGAAACUCUACCUGAUCGACCUGGCUGGCUCGGAGGAUAACAGGCGGACCGGGAACCAGGGGAUCCGGCUGAAGGAGAGCGGGGCCAUCAACUCCUCCCUGUUCGUGCUGAGCAAGGUGGUCGACUCCCUGAACCAGGGUCUGGCCAGGGUGCCUUACAGAGACAGCAAGCUCACCAGACUGCUCCAGGAUUCUCUGGGUGGCUCGGCUCACAGUGUGAUGAUCACCAACAUCGCCCCGGAACAGAAGUAUUACUUUGACACCCUGACCGCCCUCAAUUUCGCUGCCAAAUCCAAGCAGGUCGUGAACAAGCCUUUCACCAGAGAGACCCUGCAGGCUGCCGCUCUGAAGAGGCAGAGAGAGGAAAGCGCUCAAAGUGAAAACGCCCCCAAGAAGAGAGCCAAGGAGUCACAUGACCGCCCCGCUCAGAUGACUGACGUCUCUCCUACAGCGCGCAGCCCCCCCGUGGAGGUGUGUGACCCCUCUGUGCUUGAGAGGCUUCUCACCCUGGAGAAGCUGAUGAUGGGAACUCCAGAGAAAGACAGGCUGAAUCUGCUCAGGACUGUGCAAGAGAGCAGACAGGAGAUCAAGAAGCUGAAAGAGAAACAGAAGGAGUUGGAGGAGCAGGCUUUGGCUGCCCAGUCUCUGCUGGCAGAGAGCCGCAAAGCAGCUGCUCCCAGUCUUCCCAGUGCCAGCUCCCCCAGCGACGAGACCCUGUUCAUGAACCACAAGCACCCCUCCCUGCUGCGCAAAACCAGCACGGCCAAGCCCAAGAAACAGCAAGCCAUCGUCUCUCCACUGCUAGUGCUUCCAGUGCAGCCCCUGACACACGCUAUCGUGAGCUGCAAAGCUGAGCAAACGAAGAUGAAGUCCCACGUUCCGGAAGGCAAGGAGAACUGGGAGAACUGGGAGACUCGUCUGGACUCCUCGGUCCUGCAGAAAUCCCGGGAUCGGAUCCUCAGCCUCCUGAACACGGGCUCCCUGAAAGAGCUGAAGGGAUUGCAGAGGAUCGGAGACAAGAAGGCAAAGCUGAUCAUAGGCUGGAGAGAAAUCAACGGGGCGUUCACACAGGUUGAAGACUUACAAAAAAUAGAAGGCAUUUCAGCAAAGCUGCUGACUUCCUUUCUAAAGGCAAAUAUCCUCAGCACCAUCGCUCACUGACUGGCUCCACGUCUUCCUGCUGUACAUACAUUUUACUUACAAUAAUUUGUUUUUUUAAUUACUGCUGUGUAUCUAAAAUGCUUUUUUGUGUGUGUUUAAACUUGGCGUCUAUUUUUUUUUUAAUUAGCAAAUAAACUACUCAACUCUU